AGUAGUAGACGUUCCGAGCAAUUUGCUCCUCGAGAUGCAUUCAGGUGGCCCACUCUUUGAAGUGGGAAUUAUUAGAACCGCUACAGUUGUUGAAUGGAAGUGUAUCUCUUUAGUAAAGCGACGGCUUGACAUCAAGGUAACUCCCCAGAGAACGGCGGGCGCAAUCUCCGGAUUACACAACUUCUGAGCUAAACAACACGCGCUCAUCGCUGCUUAAACCUGCGCUUGACACAAAGAUACUGUGCUAGGAUUAUUGAGCUUUGUACUGGAGUAACUUGUGUGCACCAGCCACCAAGAGAGGCCCUGCUGCUGAGCAUGGCCCCUGUCCUGCUGUGACGCGUAGACAGCGUACAAGUAUGACUUCUUUAUAUACCGCAUGGAUUGCUGUCCUGGUCGUGGUGUUGCUUGAGGCGCCGCGAAGCAUUAGUGCGCAGCAGUCGACAAGCUUUGCUACAGGCCUGCAGCUGCCCAAAACCAGCGAUGGUUUCGGAUUAAGCAGAACACGGAAUUGGCUCGAGAGGUACGGGUCGGUCCGAGCGCGCGACUACUUUGACUGGCGGAGGAUUCCCGGGGUCAUCCGUGACCCUAGCGACCAGUCCAAGUGCCCCGCGUGCUUCGCCUUUGCCGGCAUUCACUCCAUUGAGGCGCUGCUGUCCAUCAAGCGCGGGGCCGCGGGCGCCAACGCGGUGGAGCUGGAGGAGAUGCAGGCCAUGCUGUGCGCGGCCGAGGAGGCGGCGGCUGCCACCUGCGUCAGCACGUCCGGCGGCUGGGUGGAUGACGUGUACCGCUACGCCAUGAAGUCCAACCUGCUGCCCCGGCGGGAGUGGCUGCGCCUGAAUGGCUAUAAUGACUCAACGCCGCUGGAGGAGCAGACGUGUAAGGCUCUGAGCCAACAGCCGCCGCCCCCACCGCCCAGCUCACCGGCCGUGGACCGCGCGGCGAGGCCGCUCAUCAACCGGAUUGCGGGAUGGGAGGACGUGCCGGCAUCGGCGCCAGCCCUGCGCAAGGUGCUUGCCAACCAGCCGGCGGUGGCGCUGGUGCACGCCUCGCGCGACUGGUACGCCGUCACCGCCACACACGACGUCUUCAACGGCACCUGCUCCCACCAACUGGCGGACGCCAACCACGCAGUCGUCAUCGUGGGGUACACGCCCGAGCACUGGAUCAUCAAGAACUCGUGGGGCACCAAGUGGGGCAAGGGCGGCUUCAUGCGGCUGCCGCAUUUGCUCAACGGCACCAACAACCCCUGCGGCCUGCUCAACGCCCUGACCUACCCCGUCAUCGAUGGAGCCUUCUGCGCCAAGGUGGUCAAGGUGUCCAACAACGCCACCAGCCUCAGGAGCCUGGCUGCGGACUACAGCACCAAAGAGCGCAACAUCACCUCGGACGACAUCUUCCGGGUGAACAGCCACCUGCCGCAGGGCCUGAACGCCUCGGACCCCAUCCAGCAAGGCACCAACGUCUACAUCCCGCCCUGCUCCCGCGGCGCGCUCAAGCCGCCAAAGCCCGAGGCCUCUUGCGGCACCACGUACCAGGUCAACGCCCUCUUUUCGCCGCCCUCGCCGCCCAUGCCUUCCUCGCCAACCCCAAUGAGCACCGGCACCCACCGGCGCUCGGCUCUCGCUCCCGGCAUCGCCAGCAGCAGCUACGCAUUUGGUGACUUUGGCGUGGUGAACGCCUUUGAGCUUGGCGGUGAGGAGGGCGUCCGGGCUCAGCGGGAGCACGCGGCGCAGCUGCGGCAGGCGGAGGAGCAGGCGCAAGCGGCGACUGUGGCGCACUACGAGGCUCGGCGCGACGAGCGGCGCCGGCGGCGGCUCGCGGGGCUGGAGCAGGGGCUUGGCCUGGGCCUGGGGCUGGAGCAAGGCGAACGGAUGGCGCAGGGGGAGCAGCAUGGCACGGUGGGCAGCAGCAGGAGGGCGCUGCUGCAGCUAGAUGACCACUACGUGCUCAACACGGGUGACAUCACGGGACAGGACGCCUCGCCGCCGCCGCCCAGCCUCCCGCAGGCGCCGCCGCCGGCCCCCGCGCCGCCGCCGCCCGACCCGCUCAACAACCUAUACGAGCUGGACGAGCACUUCGAGGAGGACUUUGAGGCCCUUACGUACGGCAUAGCCUCCCACAAGUACCCGGAGCGCCCCAGCGGUCUGGAGGACUCCGCCCUGCGGCCGCCCGCGCGGCUACUGCUGCUGGAGGCCGCGGUGCCGGUGCUGCUGGGCCCGGACGGCGCGCCCCUGGUGGCGGCGGCCCGGCACGGCGAGGGCCGCGUGCUGGUGCUGGGGCAGGACCGGCUCCUGCUCGACAACCCGCUGCAGGACGCCGAGAGCCUCGCCAACAACACCGAGGCCGCGCGCCUGCUCGUCAACGCGUUGGGCUGGCUGUCUGAGCCGGCGGGUUGCAGUAUCGACCCUGCGUCCGACGUGUACGAGCACCCGCUGCCGAACGUGCUGGUGUACACAGACAGCCUGGGCGGCGGCGGCGAGGGUCUGGGGCAGACCAUGCAGCUGCUGCGCCUCGCCAAGGCGGAAGCGGUCCGCCGCCGUGCGGCGGUGGCGGCCGCAAACGCCACGGCAGAUGCCGCCGCUGGCGGCGUUGAAGGUGGCGUUGACGGCAGCGGUGACGGCGCCGCCGCUGACGACGGGAACGUGGAUGAGGAGUUGGAUCCGGAGGAGGCCGCGGCCCUGGCAGCCAUGAUUGAAGACGGCGUGUUCGGAGGGCUGCAGUUUGCCGUGAAGCGUGGCUUUCCCACGGAAGCGCUUCUGAAGAAGGCCGAGUAUGAUUACGGCGACUAUUAUGGGGACUACAGCAGCUCGAGUGGCUCUGCAGAUUACGGCGGCGACUACAACGCAUAUGCGGAUUACGCCUCGGCCUACACCAACUACCAGUACCAGAUCAUUGUGGUGUUCAGCUCGCAGGCGCUGCCUCACGACUUCGCCGUGAAGCUGCGCGAGUUCGUGGCGGCCGGCGGCGGCCUGGUGGUGGUCCACGACCGUGCCAUGGCUCUGAGCUCAGAGCUGGGGCGCACCUACGCGGGCCUGGCCAACUUCGCAGACUACUACUCCGCCAACAGGCUGCUGGGGCCCAUGGGUAUCAUGAUCACGCCCACAUUGGUGGAGUACGCGGCGGAGUGGCGGCCGCCGCUGCAGGUGCCACACCCGCCGCCGCGGAGCUACAAGCUGAUGAACGCGCACUACGCCGCCGACGCACUGCGGCUGGGCGGCUUCCUUAACAGGACCACCGGCGUGGUUGCUGCAAUGGACAGCCAGGAGCGGGCAGCAGCGACCUCCGGACUGGGCUUUGCACAAGGGCUGCUAAAGGAUGUCGCUGACCGCUACCCAGUCUUGUGGGCCGAGCUGUCCAUUGCGCUGCACCCGCCCUCACCCCCGGCGGCGCCGCCCUCGCCGCCCAAACCAGCCGCCGCGCGCAACACCAGCACGGGCCCGCUGUUCACCACCUACUUGGAGCGCGAGUGGCUGGAGGCGCUUGAGCACUACAUGGAGGACUGGGUCGCGCAGUGCCCGGCCGGCGCACACGUGGUCGCCUUCCGCGGCCGCGCCUGGAGCACGGAGGACUACCGGCCCUGGGGCGCCACAGAGCCGGGGCUGCUGACCACGGACUUCGUGCUCAUCUGCAGCGACGGCACGCAGCUGCCCAUAGGCCGACCCACUGCGCCGUACACGUACGAGCACCUCACGGCCUACCCGGUGGUGAAGGAUGGGUGGAUUCCCAGCCGCUCCGGCAUUGAGAAGCUCAUUCGCCAGACCGGCGACCCAAACACGCCGCCCAAGCGCUUCACCUCGUUCGGCCUGGACUGGACGGAGCCCAAGUGUGCGGGCGGCUACACAGCCGCCCGCGCACAGGCGCACGGCGGCGAUGCUGGCAACGGCAUCGGCAAGCCGCUGCAGCUGUUCUUCCGCUGCAACGGCACGGGCGCCUACACCACCUUCACCGCCGGCAUCGGCCUCACCACGUUCAACCCCUUCCUCGGUCCCGACAAUUACAACCCAAACUGGUGGCACUUCACGCUGCAGCCCGGUGUGCCCACCACCACCAGCCGCACCAUCCCCGGCCUCACCCAGAUGCAGAGCAAGGCGCAGCUGGAGGACAUGCCCGGGUACCGCACCUGCCCGCCUGGCCAGGUUCUGUCGGGCCUGCGCGGCAACCGCCUGGCGCCGCCGCUGGUGGACUGGGUCAAGGCGACCACCGAAAUACGCGACUUCAUGUCGCCCGAGGGAUACCUCAUAAACCCGGGUUACACCGUCCUGCUCAGCGUGCUGGAUGUCUACUGCACCGACGCGCCUGCAGCAGCUGCAGCCGGGCCCAAGCCUGUCGCGCCGGCACCAGCGGGCAGCCCGGGUGGGGAGCUCGCCCGCAUUCCCAGCGUGCCGCCUUCGGCACGAACCCUGGAGCACACGGUCCUCAACACCACCAGCACGCGCCUCGCCUGCGGCAAGGCCGCGGUCAUCUCAGGCAUCGCGGCCGCCCAGGCCGGGCCCUAUGGGCUGGACAUGUCCAUCAUCGGCAUCCGCUGCUCCGACGGCACCUCGGAGUUCCAGGGCACGCUGGCUGCGGACCGCGCCUCCGCCUCCACCUCCGCCGCCUCUACCUCCGAGCCGUCCUCGCUGUUCGUGGACAACCCCUGCAUCACGGGCUUUGACGCCGUGAGGCCCAUCGGUGGCCAGGGCAUUGGACUGGACAAGUGAGUAGUAGAUCAACGGCAGGGCCGUUAGUUGUUGCUAUGGUGCCGUUAGUUAAUUGGUUGGUGGGGUCGGUGGUGGUGUGCUUGCAUUCGAGGAAGGACGUCCUGCCGCCUGCGCUGUCGGCUGAGAAGUGAGGAGGCGCGUGUGCCUGUUGUAUGUGCUUGUGAGGAUAAGGGCCGGGCAGCUGCAUUCCUUACCUGGGUGGGUAAUGUAACGU